CGCCAGUUAGUUUAUUUCACGGCACAGAAAAGAAGCAGGGCACGGAGAGGGAAAGGUUGAAAGUCUAAUCCGUGUCAUCGCUUUUAACACCGACAGAUAACUUCAAUAUUGCACAACUAAAUAUUGUGUUAAUAUAUUUUUAAAUUGUAAGUGCUUAAUUGUUUUGGAAAAUGUUUGAGGCAAGACUUGCUCAAGGCUCUCUUUGGAAGAAAAUUUUAGACGCCAUUAAAGACUUACUUACGGAAGCAAUAUGGGACUGCAACAGCACUGGAAUAGCAUUGCAGGCUAUGGACAGUUCGCAUGUCAGCCUUGUUUCUCUCAACCUUCGUUCAGAUGGCUUCGAAACUUACCGAUGUGAUAGAAACCUGUCCAUGGGCAUGAAUCUUGCGAGCAUGUCCAAAAUCCUAAAAUGUUCUGGAAAUGAUGAUAUAAUCACAAUCAAGGCUGAGGACAACCCAGACACAGCAAUGUUUAUCUUCGAGUCUGCAAAUAAUGAAAAGGUAUCUGAUUAUGCCAUGAAGUUGCUUGAUUUGGACACAGAACAAUUGGGCAUUCCUGACACGGAAUACAGCUGUGUUGUGAAGCUUCCUUCAGCAGAAUUCCAGAGAAUUUGCAGAGAUUUGAGUCAAAUUGGAGAAUCCAUUAUUGUCUGUUGUACAAAAGAAGGUGUGAAAUUCUCGGCGAGUGGUGACUUGGGCACAGGUAAUGUGAAACUGGCACAGAACUGCAGUGCAGAUAAAGAAGAGGAAAACGUGACUAUAGAGAUGAAUGAUGCUGUUACUUUGACUUUCGCACUUCGUUACCUGAACUUCUUCACAAAAGCCACUGCAUUGUCACCUCAAGUGACUUUGUCAAUGUCACAAGAUGUACCUUUAGUCGUGGAAUACAAAAUAGCGGACAUGGGCUACCUCAGAUUUUAUCUCGCUCCAAAGAUUGAGGACCAAGAGGAAUCGUGAAUGGAACGGAAAAGGACUGUGAUUAUUUUUGUGUUGGGGGGAAUUUGGACAAAAUUUUGAACUACUGCAUUUUCUAUUUAUAUUGAAUAGUAUAAAAAAACAACUGGAUACAAUCAUGAAAGCAAAAAAAAUAUUCUGUUGUGAUAGUUUGUGAAGACAUCUCGUUGAUGAACUUUCUAGCUAAGUAAUGGGAUGGUGAAUGUGCAACAAUGUUAUUGUUGCACAUAUUACAUUGUUGCAUCAUAAACUAUAAACACUGCGAAGGUUUCAUCUGAUUUGUAGUGUUGGAAUUUUGACUUGUAAUUUUGUUGUUCGUUGUUGCCAGUCUAGACUCAUUGUACUUGUUUAGUGUAUUAACAAGUGAAAUUAAUAAAUAAAUAUGUAUUAUAUCGAAA